GUUUUUAGAUAGGACUAAUCGAGCGUAUUUUAGCGUGCACACAAGCAUUGAUCACAUUCGUUUGGGUGUGAAUUGGCCAAAAAUCAGCUUGUUCACAUGCAAACGAACGUGACAGUUAGUCUCGUUCGUUUCAACGUGAUGUCACGUUCUUGGAAUAAGAUUGUACUUGCAGGUUACUUAGCGUGUACAUGCCUAUGUACACACAUUAGUUUGCAGAGCGAGGGAGCGCACAUUUCUGAGAACCGAGCAGACUACAGUACCGACACGCGUGUUACGCCAUUGGGAGGCUGCAUUGGGACCCAAAUUUAUGUUACUGGCACUGGGCAGCAUUUUCAAAAGGAUUGGAACAGAUAUAUAACAUACUGUUGAUCACCAACGUGGAUGGUCGUGUCGGUUCUUAAGAAGCAACGUUCCUUAUGCUGAAUCCAAGAUUGCCUACACUGCGUUCAUUCCUAAUUCCAUUUCCGUCACAACUCUUGCUUCGCUUCCGCUGCGCCGGCGUGGUAUCUUUUCCGGUCCGAACCAACACGUGCAGCUUCACAACCUUUCCUUCAGCCUGCGGUCUUCAAGAGAGACGUCCAGCAUCGCGUCUGUUCCGAGAUUUUACGUCUGAUGCAGGCGAUUCAUGAUAUGUUGCGACGGGUGUGAUCAAUGGUUUCAUGGGACAUGUGUUGGAAUGACAAAGAAACAGAGUAAAGAGACUGACCAGUGGUUUUGUUAUGCAUGUCAAAGCUGCAGAAAGUGGCAUGCAGAUACCAUUCAGCGUCUCACUAUAUUGGAAAGAAGAAUUGAAGCACUCAUUCCGAACUGUGUUGACCCACCUAAAGAAACGAACAAUGCCAAACGAGGAGACGAGAUGCCAACACUAUUAAAUUGCAAGUACCUUGAAGAAACGCUUACCAAAGUUUGUCAGGACAAUUUGAGGAUUAAACUGGAGAUUGAUUCAUUAAAGUUGAAGUGUACCGGUACAACUGCAGAAAGAGAAGGUCUUGAAGAAAAUAAAACCAUGUUGGAAUUGCAAUUGAAACAACUAGGAGAGCAGCAUGCCAAAGUCUGCCAGGUAUUACCGCAUUAUGUAAUACACGCAUGUGUCUAAAAUAUUGGUAUUGCAUUGCAUC